AUGACCCCAUCUAUUAAAGAGCGGCUCCUGGCCAUUCUGAAGGAUCUUGUCUCUGAGGAGCUGAAGAACUUUAAGUGGCAUCUAAUAGAUAACCCGCUGGAUGGCUUCCUUCACAUUCCAAAGUGCCAGCUGGAGACAUCUGACAGACUGGACACAGUGGAUCAGAUGGUGCAGAAAUACAGGGAAAAUGGGGCUGUGAUGAUCACACUGGAGGUCCUGAAGAAGAUGGGCCGUAACGAUCUCGCUGAGAAGCUAAAAAGAGACUGUCCAACAGGUAACUCAGAAUUCAUAGGUGCUUGUGUCUCUAAGGUUUUGAGCAAAUAAAUAUAUAUUAUACUGUAUUGUUGAAAUAAGAAAUUCUAUAUGCAUUCUAAAAUAAGUUAUAUACAGUUUGUUAUUGGCUAACCCUGUAAAACUACCCCUUUUCUUUUAAAUGUGCAUUAAUUUCAUGUGCUUAGAUUUUUCCAAUAAUCAGAUAUAAUGUAAAAGAAACUACAAAUAUAUUUGUUUAUUGUGUAUUGUUGAGCAUCUAGAGAACAGCAUAUGCUUGCCUACUUGCUAACUAUUCUAUAACCAUUGUCAGGUCCUUCGGAUGAAGUUGUUGAGAAGUACCAACAAGAACUCAAACUGAAACUAAAAGAGAAGUUUCACAUCCCUCCUGAGUGUGUUGACCAGGUGACAGAGGUACGAGGGUUCAAUGAGCCACAGAAGGAGGAGUACUUCAGGAAGAGAUUCAGUGAUGAGGACCUGGCCAGCAGAAUCAUGUUUGACCUGAAGAAAUACUCCAGAUCAGAGGAAGAUCUUCUGAGGCUGCUGCCAGUGGUCAAAGCCUCCACAACUGCUCUGUAAAUACAUGUUUAAAAAAAAUAUUUAUAUAUACAGUACCAGUCAAAAGUUUGGACACACCUACUCAUUCAAGGGUUUUUCUUUAUUUUUACUAUUUUUUACAUUGUAGAAUAAUAAUGAAGACAUCAAAACUAUGAAAUAACACAUAUGGAAUCAUGUAGUAACCAAAAAAGUGUUAAACAAAUGAAAAUAUAUUUCAGAUGUUUUCAUCUAAAUGUUUUUGCUUUGCCCACUCUUGGCAUUCUCUCAACCAGCUUCACUUGGAAUGCUUUUCCAACAGUCUCGAAGGAGUUCCCACAUAUGCUGAGCACUUGUUGGCUGCUUUUCCUUCACUCUGCGGUCCGACUCAUCCCAAUCCAUCUUAAUUGGGUUGAGGUCGGGUGAUUGUGGAGGCCAGGUCAUCUGAUGCAGCACUCCAUCACUCUCCUUCUUGGUCAAAUAGCCCUUACACAGCCUGGAGGUGUGUUGGGUCAUUGUCCUGUUGAAAAACAAAUGAUAGUCCCACUAAGCCCAAACCAGAUGUGAUGGCGUAUCGCUGCAGAAUGCUGUGGUAGCCAUGCUGAUUAAGUGUGCCUUGAAUUCUAAAUAAAUCACUGACAGUGUCACCAGCAAAGCACCAUCACACCUCCUCCUCCAUGCUUCACCGUGGGAACUACACAUGCAGAGAUAAUCCGUUCACCUACUCUGCGUCUUACAAAGACACGGUGGUUGGAACCAAAAAUCAAAAAUUUGGACUCAUCAGACCAAAGGACAGAUUUCCACCAGUCUAAUGUCCAUUGCUCGUGUUUCUUGGCCCAAGCAAGUCUCUUCUUAUUAUUGGUGUCCCUUAGUAGUGGUUUCUUUACAGCAUUUCGACCAUGAAGGCCUUAUUCACGCAGUCUCCUCUGAACAGUUGAUGUUGAGAUGUGUCCGUUACUUGAACUCUGUGAAGCAUUUAUUUGGGUUGCAAUUUCUGAGGCUGGUAACUCUAAUGCACUUAUCCUCUGCAGCAGAGAUAACUCUGGGUCUUCAUUAGAUCCAGUUUCAUCAUUGCGCUUGAUGGUUUUUGCGACUGCACUUGAAGAAACUUUGAAAGUUCUUGAAAUGUUCCGUAUUGACUGACCUUCAUGUCUUAAAGUAGUAAUGAACUGUCGUUUCUCUUUGCUUAUUUGAGCUGUUCUUGCCAUAAUAUGGACUUGGUCUUUUACCAAAUACGUCUAUCUUCUGUAUACCACCCCUACUUUGUCACAACACACCUGAUUGGCUCAAACGCAUUAAGAAGGAAAUAAAUCCCACAAAUUAACUUUUAAGAAGGCACACCUGUUAAUUGAAAUGCAUUCCAAGUGACUACCUCAUGAAGCUGGUUGAGAGAAUGCCAAGAGCGUGCAUAGCUGUCAUCAAGGCAAAGGGUGGCUACUUUGAAGAAUCUCAAAUAUAAAAUAUAUUUCGAUUUGUUUAACACUUUUUUGGUUACUACAUGAUUCCGUAUGUGUUAUUUCAUAGUUUUGAUGUCUUCACUAUUAUUCUAUUAAAUAGUAAAAAUAAAGAAAAACCCUUGAAUGAGUAGGUGUGUCCAAACUUUUGACUGGUACUGUAUAUAUCAUCAGUUAGAAUCCACAUGAGCAUAUUACAUAUUCAUUGUUGAUUCUCAAAUGUUCUGUACAUGUACACAGUACACACAGUUGUCUAAAUUCAUGUUCAUUGUGUUUUACUUUUCAAAGGCUUAAUGGGUGUAACCUCACGGUGAAAUGCUGUGAAGCCUUGGCCUCAGCUUUCAACUCAACCUCCUCAAACCUAAGAGAGCUGGACCUGAGUGACAACAACCUGCAGGAUUCAGGAGUGGAGCUGCUCUGUGCUGGACUGGAGAAUCCACACUGCAAACUGCAGACACUGAGGUCAGUAGUCUGUAUUAGUUCACUAAAGGGGAUAGUUCAUUAUGUGUUCUACAGGUAUUUAUAGAGGACAAUAUCAGACUAAUGAGUUUGGUCUCAGCUGAAUUUAAAUGUCAUAGUUACCUAACUGCAAAUUAAUGUUUGGAAGAGGAAGAAAUACACAAUCUUUUGAUAUCGUUUAUUUUUAUUUUCAAGAUGCUUUACUUAUUGAAGUCAAAUGUUUUUAGUUAUAGAAUUAUGUGAUUGUAAUAUUAUUGUUAUCAGGUAAUUUUUUACAUGCAAACGUCACCUGCCAUUUCCCUUUUCACCACUAGAGGGUGUAAAUAUGUGAUUUACUCUGCAGGUUGUCACGCUGUCUGGUCACAAAGAAAGGCUGUGCUUCUCUGGCCUCAGCUCUGUGGUCAAACCCCUCCAACCCGAGAGAGCUGGACCUGAGCUACAAUAUCCCAGGAGAGUCCGGAGCGAAGCAGCUCUCUGUUGGACUGGAGGAUCCACACUAGAGAUUGGAGAAACUCAAGUAUGUGGUGAGGGUUUGUGGAGUUUGUGUCAUUGCAUGUGUGACAUGGACAAUUUUGGUUCAGGUUUCCUGGGUUAGUUCUAACCAUUUAAUCAGGGGCGCAACUUUCACUGGGGACUGGGGGGACAUGUCCCAGCCACAUUCUGAAAUGGCAUUUUGUGCCCCCCCCGAUUUAUAAUUGGAAUGUGAUACAAAAUGAGGCAACGGUGUAUACAAAACGGUAUACAAAACGGUGUGCUUUAGGACCAUGUGGACGCCUCCGAGCGGUCGGGUAGGCUCUUUGGAGUGUUUAUCCAACUGGGAUUUUUUUUUUUAAAUUGCCCCCCCCACUUCUAAAACCAAAGUUGCUCCCUUGCAUUUAAUAUCCAACAAACAAUAUUUGAACUGAUAUCAGUGUGUGCAUGUGUGUGUUUUACUGAAUCACUGUUCUGCUUCUCUUACAGUGUGGACCACUGUGGAGAGUACUGGCAGCUGAAAAAAUGUAAUGUUGACUGCUGUGAAGAAAUGUGAAAUGUGUUAUUAGGGAUGAAACAGGAAAUAGCAUAACCUCACUAAGAGUCAUUGUCAAGUUACUCAACUGGUCAAAUUAAAUAUAAGCUACCAUUUUAAGGAAGUAGAAUCAGACACUAUUCCCACUGGGCAUUGGGCACAGACAUCAGUUCAACGUCUUGUUUGAUUUACAUUUGGUUGAGCUACUAACCUGAAUUCAAACUGAAUUCAACAAAAAAUGUCACCCUGUCAUUGGAUUUAGGUUCAAAGUUAGGUGAAAAAAUACAAACUUCCCUUACGUCGAUGACUUUUUGCAAAUCCAAACUGUUUUCCACAUUGAUUCAAUGUCAUCACAGACAUUUGUUUUUUUUAUGACAUGGAAACAAUGUUGAUUCAACCAGUUUUUGCCCAGUGGAAUGUACUGUAUAAGCUUGAAUACAAAGGUCAUAUAAAGUUUAGAAUUUAGAUUAAAAGACGAUAAAUGAAACACAAAAAAACAUAUUAUUUGCAAGUAUUCUCUUUUAUUUUUAUUUUUUUGGGGUAGAUCAGCUUUAAUAUUGCAGAUAGAUUGUAACUUCCAUCAAUGUAAUUGUCUGCAUCACUUCCAAUCCCCCAUAUGUUUUUUCUUCUCGCAUAUAUAUAUAUAUAUAUAUAUAUAUAUAUAUAUAUAUAUAUAUAUGCAUAUAUAUAUAUAUAUACAUACACAUAUACAUACAUAUAUACAAAUAUAUAUAUAUACAUACAUACAUACAUACAUACAUACAUACAUACAUACACAAACACAUCCUUUAAAAAUAUAAAUUUCCCUUUAUUAUCUUCCAACCCCGCCACCCCUUCCCUAAUUGGAGUAAACUAGUGAACAACAAUGCUUAGACCUCUACUUCCAGUUUAUACAUACUAUAUACAUUUUAUGGACACAGUCAAAUUCUACAAUAAUUCUAUUUUGUUUGUUUUUACUACUGAACUUCCUCUACCCUCAACCUCUCCGAUCAUUUUCAUGAUGUCCAUCCGGUGUGCUUCUACAGUUAGGGAAAAAAGUAUUUGAUCCCCUGCUGAUUUUGUACGUUUGCCCACUGAAAAAGAAAUGAUCAGUCUAUAAUUUUAAUGGUAGGUUUAUUUGAACAGUGAGAGACAGAAUAACAACAACAAAAAUCCAGAAAAACGCAUGUCAAAAAUGUUAUAAAUUGAUUUGUAUUUUAAUGAGGGAGAUAAGUAUUUGACCUCCUCUCAAUCAGAAAGAUUUCUGGCUCCUAGGUGUCUUUUAUACAGGUAACGAGCUGAGAUUAGGAGCACACUCUUAAAGGGAGUGCUCCUAAUCUCAGCUUGUUAUCUGUAUAAAAGACACCUGUCCACAGAAGCAAUCAAUCAAUCAGAUUCCAAACUCUCCUCCAUGGCCAAGACCAAAGAGCUCUCCAAGGAUGUCAGGGACAAGAUUGUAGACCUACACAAGGCUGGAAUGGGCUACAAGACCAUCGCCAAGCAGCUUGGUGAGAAGGUGACAACAGUUGGUGCGAUUAUUUGCAAAUGGAAGAAACACAAAAGAACUGUCAAUCUCCCUCGGCCAGGGGCUCCAUGCAAGAUCUCACCUCGUGGAGUUGCAAUGAUCAUGAGAACGGUGAGAAAUCAGCCCAGAACUACACGGGAGGAUCUUGUCAAUGAUCUCAAGGCAGCUGGGACCAUAGUCACCAAGAAAACAAUUGGUAACACACUACACCGUGAAGGACUGAAAUCCUGCAGCGCCCGCAAGGUCCCCCUGCUCAAGAAACACUUAUGCUGGCCCGUCUGAAGUUUGCCAAUGAACAUCUGAAUGAUUCAGAGGAGAACUGGGUAAAAGUGUUGUGGUCAGAUGAGACCAAAAUCGAGCUCUUUGGCAUCAACUCAACUCGCCGUGUUUGGAGGAGGAGGAAUGCUGCCUAUGACCCCAAGAACACCAUCCCCACCGUCAAACAUGGAGGUGGAAACAUUAUUCUUUGGAGGUGUUUUUCUGCUAAGGGGACAGGACAACUUCACCGCAUCAAAGGGAGGAUUGACGGGGCCAUGUACCGUCAAAUCUUGGGUGAGAACCUCCUCCCCUCAACCAGGGCAUUGAAAAUGGGUCGUGGAUAAGUAUUCCAGCAUGACAAUGACCCAAAACACACGGCCAAGGCAACAAAGGAGUUGCUCAAGAAGAAGCACAUUAAGGUCCUGGAGUGGCCUAGCCAGUCUCCAGACCUUAAUCCCAUAGAAAAUCUAUGGAGGGAGCUGAAGGUUCGAGUUGCCAAACGUCAGGCUCGAAACCUUAAUGACUUGGAGAAGAUUUGCAAAGAGGAGUGGGACAAAAUCCCUCCUGAGAUGUGGGCAAACCUGGUGGCCAACUACAAGAAACGUCUGACCUCUGUGAUUGCCAACAAGGGUUUUGCCACCAAGUACUAAGUCAUGUUUUGCAGAGGGGUCAAAUACUUAUUUCCCUCAUUAAAAUGCAAAUCAAUUUAUAACAUUUUUGACAUGCGUUUUUCUGGAUUUUUUUGUUGUUAUUCUGUCUCUCACUGUUCAAAUAAACCUACCAUUACAAUUAUAGACUGAUCAUGUCUUUGUCAGUGGGCAAACGUACAAAAUCACCAGGGGAUCCAAUACCUUUUUCCCUCACUGUAUAUGCCAUAUCUUUCUAACUGUGCUCUUUCACAAAAGCUCUCAACCUAUAACCUAUACACUUUUUAUGGACACAGUAUGCUUACAUUAUUAGUUAUCUUUGUAGUGUAUUAAGAAUUAUGACUUUGCUAAUGUUUUCAAGUGGAACCUGAGAGGAUGUUUAUUUAGUUUCAGAGGGAGUUGUUUUAGGGUGACGCCCCAUAAGACAGAGGGAGUGUGUGUUGUAGACAGGGGAUUGGACAGUAGAGGGAGCCACCCAUAUUUUGGGGAAUAUUAUAAGUACUGGGUUUGUACAAAGAACAUUAGAGCAGACAUAUUCUUUUGGGACACUGCUCUCCGGGUGAUCAUGACAUCUGUAAACUUAUGCUGAAAUCUUGUGAUAUGAAUAAAACUUAUGAUCAAAGUUCAGUAUAAGCGGACUCCUUUGUUACAGCAUAAUUAGCAACAUUUGACUCGACACUACAUCUUGUUAUUAUUUUUUAUUAGUUGUUAUUAGUCCCAUCCUUCAACUCCAUUCAACACCACCCAUCUAUCUCUUAACACCAUCCAUAUUGGAUUUCUAUUUGCCAUUUAGUUUUCAACUGUACUGUGAUGUUUUACAAAAGUUCUGAACGUUUCUAUUCUCAUUGUUUCUACAGAUUGUAAAUUGAAAAUAAACAUUUUUGCUAACAGCAUUAUUAUAUUAGUGAUCGAUUGACUAUGACUUUUCAGAUCACCGAGUAAUGCUAUCUGCAGGGUUAGCUCCAGGUAAAUAUUGCAAUCCUUGAGCCAUUCCUGGACCUGUGUCCAAAAACAAGCUACAAAUGGACAGUACCAAAACAAAUUAUCUAAUGAUUCUGUCUCUUCGCAGCAAAAUCUGCAGAGCUGGGAAGAUUGUAUCCCCCAUAUAAAUAACAUUCUAUUGGUUGCAAGAAUUUUAUAUAAUAAUUGAAAUUGAAGUUUUGAAUCCGGCGUCGUUUUGCGUAUCAGUUCAUAAACACUAUGCCAUGGGAUCGGUACGUCAAAAAUAUCUUCCCAACUACUUUGCAAUCUAAUGGGACGGCUGUCAAUCUUUUGGUCCUUAAAUUAAACUGGUAUACUUUUUUAUUUAUCACGGUUUUCUUUAACCAAUUAUGUUCUUUAAUGCAAGGCCGACAGACAAGUUCCUUACUUUUCCCCCCUUCCACAUUUUUGCGGCAAUGCUGCAAUUAUUUGGUUGUAAUUUUGGGUAGAGCAGGCAUUUCCAUAUGUUUUUGUUAGCUGCAUGUGCGACAUGACUCCACCAGUCCUACCGAUGAGCUCAUUUAUGAAGACCAUACCUUUUCUAAACAUUUUGUCAAAAAAAAAACAGGUUUUUUAUCAAUUCGUAUAUUUGAGUUUAACCACAAUAUUUGUUGCAUUAUUUGUUCUGUCGUUUCUGGAGGAUUAAAUUGAAAUUGCAACCAACUUUCUAUGGCUUGUUUUAGAAAUAGUGAUAUUUGGGAGAUGAUUUCCUUUUCAAAUAACUGAAAGUGAGAGGUUGUAAUAUGAAUAAAGGGAAAAAAGCCAUUCUUGAACAUUGGGUGAGACAAUCUUACUAAUUUGGUUGAGAACCAGUUUGGAUUUAAGUAUAACUUUUGUAUGACUGAAGCUUUUAGUGAUAGGUCUAAUGAUUUAAUAUUUAAUAAUUUCUGUCCUCCAAAUUUAUAUUCAUUAUAUAAAUAGGCCCGUUUAAUUUUGUCUGGCUUGCCGUUCCAAAUAAAAUGGAAUAUUUUUUUCUCAUAUAAUUAAAAAAACUGUUCGCGUAGGCAAGGCAUUUUUAUAUUUUUUGGAUCAUUUGUGAGAAGGAGGCAGUGAUACUUUCUUUAAAGUCUCACUGCCUCCUUCUCACAAAUGAUCCCAAAAAUAUAAAAAUGUAAUAAAGUUGGUUCAACACAGUGGCGUGUCAUUUUGACCCUAGGACAACGGGAGGGUUAAAAAGAAAAGAGAGAAUACUUGUAAAUAAUGUUUUUUAGUGUUUCAGUUAAAAAGAAAAGAGAGAAUACUUGUAAAUAAUGUUUUUUAGUGUUUCAGUUAAAUAGAAAAGAGAGAAUACAGUGGGGGGGGGGGGGGGAGUAUUUAGUCAGCCACCAAUUGUGCAAGUUCUCCCACUUAAAAAGAUGAGAGAGGCCUGUAAUUGUCAUCAUAGGUACAUGUCAACUAUGACAGACAAAUUGAGAUUUUUUUUCCCAGAAAAUCACAUUGUAGGAUUUUUAAUGAAUUUAUUUGCAAAUUAUGGUGGAAAAUAAGUAUUUGGUCACCUACAAACAUGCAAGAUUUUUGGCUCUCACAGACCUAUAACUUCUUCGUUAAGAGGCUCCUCUGUACUCCACUCGUUACCUGUAUUAAUGGCACCUGUUUGAACUUGUUAUCAGUAUAAAAGACACCUGUCCACAACCUCAAACAGUCACACUCCAAACAGAUGUGGAGGGUUAACAUCUUUAGUUGUUUUGAAAGAUGUGGAGGGUUAACAUCUUUAGUUGUUUUUGAGAGAUGUGGAGGGUUAACAUCUUUAGUUGUUUGAGAGAUGUGGAGGGUUAACAUCUUUAGUUGUCUUGAGAGAUGUGGAGGGUUAACAUCUUUAGUUGUCUUGAGAGAUGUGGAGGGUUAACAUCUUUAGUUGUCUUGAGAGAUAUGGAGGGUUAACAUCUUUAGUUGUCUUGAGAGGUGUGAAGGGUUAACAUCUUUAGUUGUUUUGAGAGAUGUGGAGGGUUAACAUCUUUAGUUGUUUUGAGAGAUGUGGAGGGUUAACAUCUUUAGUUGUCUUGAGAGAUGUGGAGGGUUAACAUCUUUAGUUGUCUUGAGAGAUGUGGAGGGUUAACAUCUUUAGUUGUCUUGAGAGAUGUGGAGGGUUAACAUCUUUAGUUGUCUUGAGAGAUGUGGAGGGUUAACAUCUUUAGUUGUCUUGAGAGAUGUGGAGGGUUAACAUCUUUAGUUGUCUUGAGAGAUGUGGAGGGUUAACAUCUUUAGUUGUCUCUCCCUAUUUUCAUUUGUAGACUAAAUCCUUUAUCUGAUAGUUCCUGGUUACAUUUUGCUCCACUUUGUGGUUUGCUUCCUGUCUUUCAGUUUGGGGUUUUUCUUUUGUUUGCCUCCUCUUGGGCAGAUUUAGUGGGUCUCAUAGUGGGUCUCAUAGUGGGUCUUAUAGUGGGUCUCAUAGUGGGUCUCAUAGUGGGUCUUAUAGUGGGUCUCAUAGUGGGUCUCAUAGUGGGUCUCAUAGUGGGUCUCAUAGUUGGUCUCAUAGUGGGUCUCAUAGUGGGUCUCAUAGUGGGUCUCAUAGUGUGUCUCAUAGUGGGUCUCAUAGUGGGUCUCAUAGUGGGUCUCAUAGUGGGUCUCAUAGUGGGUCUUUUAGGUCCCAGUUGUUGUUGCUAGUCAUCUUCCUGUGGACACCCCCAUGAGUGUCUUUCAGAGCCCCUCCUAAAACCACCUGUUUCAUUUUGGUUGUUGUCAGUGACCCUUUGUUAGUUCCCCUUUCUGUUUGAGCAACACUUUUAGGGGUUUUCUUGCUGUGGAAUGUGACAAUAGGACAGUUGUUAUCAUUGGCCUAAAAUAGCUGUGGUAACCUAGUAACGUUAGCACUCCUGACGAUUAUCAUUAAACGUCAUCAACAUGAACAGCCCAGCAGGUUUGAACACAUUUUCACUCACAAGAAUUUGGCAGCACAGCAUCUAGAGACAAUACACUGUAAAUGAGUCCCAAAUGGCACCCCAUUCCCUAUAUAGUGCACUUCUUUUGAACAGGGCCCCAUAGGGAAUAGGGUGUAAUUUGGGACAAAGCCUGGAUGAUACAAGUGUUGGUUUGAAAAUACAAUCUCCUAAAGGAUCCAGGAACAUGAAACUUCAGGGAAAUAAAAUAAUUUACAACCUAACAAUGAAUGUGAACAAAAAAGUAUGUUAUAAACAGAGGGGAAAUCUGUCACUCUUACUGUACCAUGUUUUAAUGUAGAAAAAUGGUUGAUAUAUAUUUUCAACCUAAAUCUGUUAGGCUUCCAAUUAUGUCAAGUUAUUAAAGUAUAAUACAUUUUGAUAAUAAUGCUUUAUUAUUCUGAAAAACGUAAUAUAAAAAAAUUAUAUAAAUGUUCACUGAGUGAACAAAGCAUUAGGAACACCUGCUCAUUCCAUGAUAUAGACUGACCAGGUGAAUCCAGGUAAAAGCUAUGAUCCCUUAUUACAGUUUUUUACAAUCACUUUGGCACUAAUUUCAGAACCUUGACGUCACUUUUCAAAACUCUAGACACAAAACUCACAACCAAUGAUCAAAAUGCACAUUUUUCAAAACUCUAACACUUUUUUCAAUUGCUUGGAUACAAUACACAUAAAACUAAGAUCAUUUGUUCAUUUAACAAAAAUCACCUGUUCAACAUGACACAACUUAACAUCAAACUACUACUAUUUCAAAAGGCAAUUCACACAUUACAUUUCAGAUGAGUGUCUAUUUAUUUCAUUACAAUUAUCCAACUAUCAAUUGAUACAACUGCUCAAAAUGAUAAGUAACUUUUGCAUUACUCUUAAUGCAUAGUUGUAUGGAAACAGACAAACAAUAUUCCAUGUUUAGAUCAUGAAAGUUUCAAGAUAACAAGAUUCAUUGUCACCAAUUAGCGUGGAGCAUGAACCAAUUAGACUACAUUAUCUAUGGAUGUAAUAAUGUGGUCCUCUGUAGCUCAGCUGGUAGAGCACGGCGCUUGUAACGCCAAGGUAGUGGGUUCGAUCCCCGGGACCACCCAUACACAAAAAAAUGUAUGCACGCAUGACUGUAAGUCGCUUUGGAUAAAAGCGUCUGCUAAAUGGCAUAUUAUAUUAUUAUUAUUAUAUUAUUAUAAUAUUUCAUCAUCAUUCUUUAUCAGACACCGUUUCUAUGGUCCCAUGUACCACAUUUUCAGACUAUUUACAGUAUUGACAGUACUGCACUGUAUGGAUGCAGGCCCUUGUAAUUGCUUGUCCAAUUCUGCCAACUCGUUACUGAUGAUUGAGUUCACAUUAUGGAACGAGUAUAUAAAGAAUUGAUUGGGAUCCACUUGCAACAACAUAGCGAUACGUACUGUAACAUGGAGCCGGCAGGUGAUCCAGGUCACAAUAGAGGUCAAGCAGUGGUGGGAGGAAGACGAGGAAGACGAGGAAGACGUGUUGGUCAAAGGAAUGGCAGGGGACAAGCACCCCUUCUGAGAGGUGGUCGUGGGCCUCGUUUGAGAGGUGUGGGGGAACGUGGUAGAGGAAAAGGCCACGGACCAAGACAGCGGCAGCAACAGCAAAGAGUGUCCAAUGAAAUCCGAGCAAGCAUGGUUUCAGGCCCAUGCACAAUUUACCACCCUGUAUUUACCCCCAUACUCUCCUUUCCUUAACCCGAUUGAGGAAUUUUUCUCCACAUGGAGAUGGAAGGUUUAUGACAGGCACCCUCAUGAACAAGUCACUUUUCUCCAGGCCAUGGAUGACACAUGCAAUGACAUCACGGCAGACCAGUGUCAGGCCUGGAUUCGCCGUGGCCGAAGGUUUUUUCCAAGAUGUUUGGCUAAUUAAAACAUCCAUUGUGAUGUAGAUGAGAACCUGUGGCCAAAUCCACAAGACAGAGUUGAUGAAAAUGUAGAAGUACAGUAAUCACUCCUAUGUUUUGCUUUUUACAGUACAAGCAAGCAAGUUGAGGAACACUGCAUUUGAUGUUUACAGUACUGUAUCGUUUUUCAUCAACAUAUUUCAGAUUUUGUUCAAUGAUUCCACUGUGUGUGUAGUAUUCUCUCUACUACAGCAGUACUUUUACAGGGAUGUAUUUACAUGUAGUACCAUAAUGAAACAUGUAUCACCUAUUUUGUACUACAAUAUUUAAUGAUUGUACGAACAAUGACACAGUGAAACUAUCGGUUGCUUGUGUGUGGGUGAUCUAAAUUAACGUUUCAUUGGUAUUUCACAAUACAUUAGUUUUUUGAACCAAUGAUUGUGCAAGUGCAAGAUUUCUUUAAAGAUAUGAAUGCACAAUGCAAUGUUUUGAACAUUGGACAGCCUGUGUUACAAGUGAUGACCGUUUUGAGUUUUGUGUCUAGAGUUUUGAAAAAUGACGUCAAGGUUCUGAAAUUAGUGUCAAAGUGAUUGUAAAAAACUAUAAUGUCACUUGUUAAAUCCACUUCAAUCAGUGUAGAUGAAGGGGAGGGGACAGGUUAAAGAAGGAUUUUUAACCCUUGAGACAAUUGAGACAUGGAUUGUGUAUGUGUGUCAUUCAGAGGGUGAAUUGGCAAGACAAAAUAUUGAAGUGCCUUUGAACGGGGUAUGGUAGUAGGUGCCAGGCGCACCGGUUUGAGUGUGUCAAGAACUGCAAUGCUUCUGGGGUUUUCACACACCAAGAAUGGUCCACCACCCAAAGGACAUCCAGCCAACUUGACACUACUGUGGGAAGCAUUGGAGUCAACAUGGGCCAGCAUCCCUGUGGAACGCUUUCAACACCUUGUAGAGUCCAUGCUCAGACGAAUUGAGGCUGUUCUGAGGGCAAAAGGGGGGGCAACUCAACAUUAGGAAGGUGUUCCUAAUGGUUUGUACACUCAGUGUAUAUUAUAUAUAUAUAUAUAUAAUUGAUUUUGAAUCACGUCCCUUAGCUAGUUAGAUUAUAACUGUUGUUGUAUCUGAUAAAAAAUAAGACUGGAGAUCAGACCUAGAUGAACUCAGAUUAGAUCAGACCUAGAUGAACUCAGAUUAGAUCAGACCUAGAUGAACUCAGAUUAGAUCAGACCUAGAUGAACUCAGAUUAGAUCAGACCUAGAUGAACUCAGAUUAGAUCAGACCUAGAUGAACUCAGAUUAGAUCAGACCUAGAUGAACUCAGAUUAGAUCAGACCUAGAUGAACUCAGAUUAGAUCAGACCUAGAUGAACUCAAAUUAGAUCAGACCUAGAUGAACUCAGAUUAGAUCAGACCUAGAUGAACUCAGAUUAGAUCAGACCUAGAUGAACUCAGAUUAGAGCAGACCUAGAUUAACUCAAAUUAAAGCAGACCUAGAUGAACUCAGAUUAGAUCAGACCUAGAUGAACUCAGAUUAGAUCAAAUAAAGUAUCAAGUUGUUAAUUGUGAGUUAGAUUCGGACAUAUUCCUUCCAAGAGGAAGGGAUGUAGCUCAGUUGGUAGAGCAUGGCGUUUGCAACGCCAGGGUUGUGGGUUCGAUUCCCACGGGGGGCCAAUAUGAAAAAUAAAAAAAUAAUAAUGUAUGCACUCACUAACUGUAAGUCGCUCUGGAUAAGAGCGUCUGCUAAAAUGACUAAAAUGUAAAUGUUUGUGUGAAAAUGAACAUACCAAAAUGAACUGCAAAGCACACUGGGUAUUUUUAUUGGCCCUAUUUCGGUGCAGAGCUCAUUAGAAUAAUACUCAGCAUGCUUUGCGAUAAUUUUUACAUAUACAAUUACACUUAGUUCAUUUAGCAGACACUCGUAUCACACCAUAGUGCCAUCAGACUUCUGAUACCAAUGCAGGGUGAAAGGGGGCCACAAAAUGGUUUUUAUAGAAAAGUAUUUUGUAUUUAGAAAAUACAAAUUACAGCUCUCUAAAGUAUCUUGCUACUAAAUCCAUUGGAGUGUAGUUCAGCCCAGUGUAAUACAAAUUACAGCUCUCUAAAGUAUCUUGUUACUAGUUCAGCCCAGUGUAAUACAAAUUACUAAAUACUCAGCAGUAAUAUAUUUGAAAUACAUGUAACAGACAUAGGCCUACUGCCCAUCUGAGAUUGUCAGUAUUAUUAGUUAAGAACAGCUGACAUGUUGUAAGGGUUCUGUGUCCAUGGCAACACAGUGUGGAUGGAGUCACUCAACAUCUUUUUCACACACAACUUUUCUACCAUUAAAGCGUCGCAAGAGAUUUAGUACGGUGUUCCUCAACCUCUGUUCUGUGGACCUGCGCCAGUCAGUGGGAUGUUGCUGGCCACUCCCUGAGAUGGUUCACUGGCACUAAUGUAGUCAGUUCUACAGUGCUAGUUUUAAUGUAAGCAGUCCCCCAAGGAGGAGAAACCAUAGCUCACCGGAGCCCUUGGCUGGUCUAGGAUCAGGUCCCCCUGUCCAUGUAAUCUUAUUCAUUAUGAUUAUAAGGAUUAAAACUGAUCCUAGAUCAUGUCCAACUCUUUAUGAAUCGAGGAGGCAGAAAGUAUGGAACACAGCCCAGCCCAGCUCAGCCCAGGACUGGAUUACUUUCAGUUUCAUUUCCUGAAUACUCUGGGAUCUUCAUGGUUAGUCCUGCCCCCAGAGUAUAUGAUGACACACACACACACACACACACACACACACACACACACACACACACACACACACACACACACACACACACACACACACACACACACACACACACACACACACACACACACACACACACACACACACACACACACACACACAUCCAAUCAACCUUUCACACGGCCUCGUACAGAUCUAGACGGACAUCGAGCACCAGAAAAAAGAGAUUACAUUUAUUUUAAGACACCAGGUACUGUAAACACAUUUUAUGAUGUGCUUUUUUGUCAUCUUGUCUGUUAGAUCUAGUCUGUCCUUACUAAACAAGUUAGAUCUAGUCUGUCCUUACUAAACAAGUUAGAUCUAGUCUGUCCUUACUAAACAAGUUAGAUCUAGUCUGUCCUUACUAAACAAGUUAGAUCUAGUCUGUCCUUACUAAACAAGUUAGAUCUAGUCUGUCCUUACUAAACAAGUUAGAUCUAGUCUGUCUUUACUAAACAAGUUAGAUCUAGUGUGUCAUUACUAAACAAGUUAGAUCUAUUCUGUCCUUACUAAACUAGUUAGAUCUAGUCUGUCAUUACUAAACAAGUUAGAUCUAGUGUGCCAGACACGAUCACCCGAAACCAGUCGUCCACCGCAGGAGCUUCGGUCUGGCUCUGAUGCCACGGUGCCAGGACCGGCUGAUACCCUAAAACACAUUGAAAUGGUGACAUGUUAGUGGAGGAGUGGCGGAGAGAGUUCUGGGCAUAUUCGGCCCAUGGCAAGAACACCGACAACUCCCCCGGACGGUCUUGGCAGUAGGACCACAGAAACCUAACCACAUCCUGAUUCACCCGUUCCAACUGCCCAUUAGAUUCGGGGUGAAACCCAGAGGUCAGGCUGACCGAGACCCCCAGACGAUCCAUGAACGCCUUCCAGACCCUAGAAUUAAACUGGGGACCCCGGUCAGAUACUAUGUCCUCUGGCACCCCGUAGUGCCGGAAGACGUGAGUAAAAAGGGCUUCCGCAGUUUCAAAUCAAAUCAAAUCAAAUCAAAUUUUAUUGGUCACAUGCGCCGAAUACAACAGGUGCAGACAUUACAGUGAAAUGCUUACUUACAGCCCUUAACCAACAGUGCAUUUAUUUUAAACAAAAAAAGUAAGAAUAAAACAACAACAAAAAAAGUGUUGAGAAAAAAAGAGCAGAAGUAAAAUAAAGUGACAGUAGGGAGGCUAUAUAUACAGGGGGGUACCGUUGCAGAGUCAAUGUGCGGGGGCACCGGCUAGUUGAGGUAGUUGAGGUAAUAUGUACAUGUGGGUAGAGUUAAAGUGACUAUGCAUAAAUACUUAACAGAGUAGCAGCAGCGUAAAAAGGAUGGGGUGGGGGGGCAGUGCAAAUAGUCCGGGUAGCCAUGAUUAGCUGUUCAGGAGUCUUAUGGCUUGGGGGUAGAAGCUGUUGAGAAGUCUUUUGGACCUAGACUUGGCACUCCGGUACCGCUUGCCGUGCGGUAGCAGAGAGAACAGUCUAUGACUAGGGUGGCUGGAGUCUUUGACAAUUUUGACAAUUUUGAGGGUUUGCAGGGCCGUGGGGAGACCGGGCAGAGGAAGGAGGCAGCAGGCUUUAGAAAAGCUGUCCACAACGACCAGGAUGGUGGCGUUACCCUGAGAGAGGGGUUAGUUCAGUUAGAAAAUCGAUCGAUAAAUGGGACCAUGGCCUUUGUGGAACUGGUAAGGGAUGUAACUUACCCGCUGGGAGGUGCCUAGGUGCCUUACUCUGGGCGCACACAGAGCAGGAGGAGACAUACACCCUCAUGUCCUUAGCCAAGGUAGCCCACCAGUACUUCCCGGUAAGGCAGCGCACUGUACGGCCGAUUACUGGGUGACCAGAGGAGGGGGACUUGUGUGCCCAACAGAUAAGAUGAUCACGGACACUAGACGGCACGUAACGAAGCCCAGCUGGGCGCUGAGGUGGAGAUGGCUCUGUGCGUAAUGCCUGCUCUAUGUCCGCGUCCACUGCCCACACCACCGGUGCCACAACACAGGAGGCCGGGAGUAUGGGGGUGUUAUCAAUGGGCCUCUGUGUCGUACAGCCGUGACAGUGCAUCUGCCUUCACGUUCUUAGUGCCUGGUAUAUAGAACAGCAUGAAAUCAAACCCACCUGGUCUGGCGAGGGUUCAGCCUCCUCGCUGCCCAGAUGUACUCCAGGUUACGGUGGUCAGUGCAGAUGAGGAAAGGGUGUUUAGCCCUCUCGAGCCAGUGCCUCCACGCUGUCAGUGCUCUGACAACAGCCAACAGCUCCCGAUCACCAACGUCAUAGUUCUGCUCCGCCGGGCUGAGCUUCUUACAGAAGAAGGAAUAGGGGCGUAGCUUGGGUGGCGUGCCCGAGGGUUGGGAUAGGACAGCGGGGCUGAGGUGAACAGAGCCCUCAGGGUACUGAAAGCCCUGUCAGCCUCAGCAGACCAGCAGAGCAGGGACGGCCCAACCUUCAACAGAGAGGUGAUGGGAGCUGCAACCUUGCCAAAGCCCCGGAUAAACCUUCGAUAGUAAUUGGCAAAGCCAAUGAAGCGCUGCACCUCCUUUACCGUGGUCGGAGUCGGCCAAUUACGUACGGCUGAAAUGCGGUCUCCCUCCACCUCCACACCAGAGGUGGUGAUGUGGUAUCCGAGGAAGGAGACGGAUUGUUGGAAGAACAGACAUUUUUCUGCCUUGGCAUACAGUUCAUGCUCCAACAGUCAUGCUCCAACAGUCACCCAAGCACUCUGCGAACCAGGGACACAUGCUCGGCGCACGUAACGUAAUACACCAGGAUGUCAUCGAUGUAGACCACCACACCGCGACCAAGCAUGUCCCGAAACACCUCGUUCACAAAGGACUGGAAGACUGAUGGAGCAUUCAUCAACCCGUACGGCAUCACCAGGUUUUCAUAAUGCCCCGUGGUGGUGCUAAAUGCUGUCUUCCAUUCGUCUCCUUCCCGGACACGCACCAGGUUGUGCGCACUCCUGAGAUCUAAUUUCGUGAAGAAGCGCACCCCAUGCAUUGAUUCGAUCACAGAGGAAAUUAGGGGUAGAGGAUAACUAUAGCGAAUUGAAAUGUUAUUAAGUGCACGGUAAUCAAUGCAAGGGUGCAGACCCCCCGUCUUUCUUCUUCACGAAAAAGAAACUUGAGGAGGCAGAUGAAGUGGAGGGACGUAUGAACCCCUGACUUAGGGACUCGGAGACGUAUGAUUCCAUAGCCUCUGUUUCAGCCUGCGACAGGGGAUAUACAUGACUCCCGAGCGAUAGGGUGGUAAUUUGGUCGCCUGCAUUUUGGAAAAGGCAUGCGCCAAAUCGAGGUAUUCGGGGGGAAUGUGCACGGUGGAGGCAUUGUCUGGACUUUCCACCGUGGUCACACCAACGGAAACAGCUAGACACCUACCCUGACACUCUCGCGACCACCCCGUGAGAGCCCUCUGUGGCCAUGAAAAGGUGGGGUCGUGUGGUGCUAGCCAGGGAAGGCCCAACACAACAGGGAAAUCAAGGGACUCAAUAAUUUGCCUAUUAUGGGUCUCCUGCGUAAUUAUAGUGACUGGUGCUGUAACCUCCCUCACAAAACCUGACCCUAAUGGUCGAUUGUGAAGUGCUUUGACGGGCAAUGGAACCAAUGUAAUACGUAGACUAAGAGCUAAAGACCUGUCCAUAAAGUUCCCAGCUGCGCAUGAAUCUACCAGCGCCUUACACUGGGGAACUACCGUGUAAUCAGGUUGACGUGGAUGGUUAAAUGCGCAGCACAGGGCUCUGAAUGCGUGUGGGUUUGUGCUACCUGGGGUGACGCGAGAGUGCCCUGCCUGCCGCCUCCAGAACCAGAAGAACUCUGACGACAUCGUGCAGCAGAAUGUCCUCUUCUGCCACAAGAGUGACACUGGAUCUAUCGUCCUCCAUUCUCCCGGAAUGCUGCACCACCCAGCUCCAUCGGAACGUGAGCCGGGGUGAGGGGGGGUGAAACGGGCAGGCCCCUUCCAGGACGUCCUCUCGAAGCCAGCAGGUUGUCCAACCGGAUGGCCAUGUCUACCAAUUGGUCGAAGGUCAGAGUGGUAUCCCGGCAGGCUAGCUCCCUUCGCACAUCCUCACGCAGGCUGCAUCGGAAAUGCGGACACCUUCUCCUGAUCCGAUGGAGCAGGGCUGAUGGUAUUGAAGUAGAGGUCCAACUGCAGGAGGAAACCCUGGCAGCGGGCAGCUGUCCCGUCGCAUUCCCUCGGUAGAGACAGGUGAAUACCUCUGGUUGCUGGUGUGUGGGUGGCUGGAUCCGGUCGCUCAGCUGGUUCCGCAGGGUCGGAUCCUCUCUUCUCCAGGUGCUGGACGGCCUGGAGAACCCGAUCCAUCGCUUCGCCCAAGCUGCCUAAAAUGGUGGAAUGCUCCCGGACCCGCUUAAUGACUCCAUGCUGUUUGAGGUGUGUUAUUCUAUAACAAGGUGAGUAGGACGGAGCCAGGCGCAGGAUGUAUGAAUCAAAGAAUCUGGUUUAUUCGGCCAAUACAGCAGUCCGCAGCAAUGCGGAGGGAGUCGUGACAUGAAAAGAAGGCAGUUACUAGAAAACUACCUCAAUAGGCUAUUUGAAAGGCUGUAUUUUGUUGAUAAGAUGGCAGUUACUAGCAAACUACCUCAAUAGGCUAUAUGAAAGGCUGGAAUAUGUUGAUAAGAAGGCAGUUACUAGCAAACUACCUCAAUAGGCUAAAUGAAAGGCUGUAUUAUUUUGAUAAGAAGGCAGUUACUAGCAAACUACCUCAAUAGGCUAUAUGAAAGGCUGCAUUAUGUUGAUAAGAAGCUCAUUUGAUUUGUAUAAUGUAUGCCAUAAAGCUAGUCCUCAGAUCCUCAAAAGGUUCUACAGCUGCACAAUCUAGAGCAUCCUGACUGGCUGCAUCACCGCCUGGUAUGGCAACUGCUCGGCCUCUGACCGUGAGGCGCUACAGAGGGUAGUGCGUACGGCCCAGUACAUCACUGGGGCCAAGCUUCCUGCGAUCCAGGACCUCUAUACCAGGCGGUGUCAGAGGAAGGCCCUAAAAAUUGUCAAAGACUCCAGCAACCCUAGUCAUAGACUGUUCUCUCUGCUAUCGCACGGCAAGCAGUAACGGAGCGCCAAGUCUAGGUCCAAAAGGCUUCUUAACAGCUUCUACCCCCAAGCCAUAAGACUCCUGAACAGCUAAUCAAAUGGCUACCCGGACUAUUUGCAUUAUCCCCCCCCACCCCCUCUUUUACGCUGCUGCUACUCUCUGUUCAUUAUCUAUGCAUAGUCACUUUAACUCUACCUACAUAUACAUUACCAGUCAAAGGUUUGGACACACCUACACAUUCAAGGGUUUUUCUUUAUUUUUACAAUUUUUUACAUUGUAGAAUAAUAGUGAAGACAUCAAAACUAUGAAAUAACACAUAUGGUAUCAUGUAGUAGCCAAAAAAGUGUUAAACAAAUCAAAAUAUAUUUUCUAUUUGAGAUUCUUCAAAUAGCCACCUGUCACGGAUUCAGCCGAGGCUGCCCCCCCUCCUUGCUCGGGCAGGCUUCGGCGUUCGUCGUCACCGGAGUACUAGCUGCUGCUGAUCUAUGUUCUAUGUUUCUAUGUUGCACCUGUUGUCUGAUUGUUACACACCUUGUUGCCCAUUAUGUGAUUACUCCUUCCCUAUUUAACCCAGAGGCUCCCAAUGUGUUUUGUGCGUGGUUGUUUUUCGUUUUCGUGUGUCGUUGGUGAGCGGGUUAGUUCCUCCCUGUGUGGAGAUAUUUCUGUAUUGUUUUCUUUACUCAUUUCUCAGUAAAGUACGUUUCUUCGAGUUCUGUGUCCUGCGCCUGACUUCGACCCACCGCAUUACACUGACACUCGUGACACCACCCUUUGCCUUGAUGACAGCUUUGCACACUCUUGGCAUUCUCUCAACCAACUUCAUGAGGUAGUCACCUGGAAUGCAUUUCAAUUAACAGGUGUGCCUUGUUCAAAGUUAAUUUGUGGAAUUUCUUUCCUUCUUAAUGCGUUUGAGCCAAUCAGUUGUGUUGUGACAAGUUAGGGGGGUAUACAGAAGAUAGCCCUAUUUGGUAAAAGACCAAGUCCAUAUUAUGGCAAGAACAGCUCAAAUAAGCAAAGAGAAACAACAGUCCAUCAUUACUUUAAGACAUGAAGGUCAGUCAAUAAGGAACAUUUCAAGAACUUUGAAAGUUUCUUCAAGUGCAGUCGCAAAAACCAUCAAGCGCUAUGAUGAAACUGGCUCUCAUGAGGACCGCCACAGGAAUGGAAGACCCAGAGUUACCUCUGCUGCAGAGGAUAAGUUCAUUAGAGUUACCAGCCUCAGAAAUUGCAGCCCAAAUAAAUGCUUCACAGAAUUCAAGUAACAGACACAUCUCAACAUCAACUGUUCAGAGGAGACUGCGUGAAUCAGGCCUUCAUGGUCGAAUUGCUGCAAAGAAACCACUACUAAAGGACACCAAUAAGAAGAAGAGACUUGCUUGGGCCAAGAAACACGAGCAAUGGACAUUAGACCGGUGGAAAUUUGUCCUUUGGUCUGGAGUCCAAAUUUGAGAUUUUUGGUUCCAACUGCCAUGGCUUUGUGAGACACGGUGUGGGUCAACGGAUGAUCUCCACAUGUGUAUUUCCCACCGUAAAGCAUGGAGGAGGAGGUGUUAUGGUGUGGGGGUACUUUGCUGGUGACACUGUCAGUGAUUUAUUUAGAAUACAAGGCUUAACCAGCAUGGCUACCACAGCAUUUCUGCAGCGAUACGCCAUCCCAUCUGGUUUGGGCUUAGUGGGACUAUCAUUUGUUUUUCAACAGGACAAUGACCCAACACACCUCCAGGCUGUGUAAGGGCUAUUUGACCAAGAAGGAGAGUGAUGGAGUGCUGCAUCAGAUGACCUGGCCUCCACAAUCACCCGACCUCAACCGAAUUGAGAUAGUUUGGGAUGAGUCGAAUGGCAGAGUGAAGGAAAAGCAGCCAACAAGUGCUCAGCAUUUGUGGGAACUCCUUCAAGACUGUUGGAAAAGCAUUCCAGGUGAAGCUGGUUGAGAGAAUGCCAAGAGUGUGCAAAGCUGUCAUCAAGGCAAAGGGCCGGCUAUUUGAAGAAUCUCAAAUAGAAAAUAUAUUUUGAUUUGUUUAACACUUUUUUGGUUACUACAUGAUUCCAUAUGUGUUAUUUCAUAGUUUUGAUGUCUUCACUAUUAUUCUACAAUGUAAACAAAUAGUAAAAAAAUAAAAAAAAUAAACCUGGAAUGAGUUGGUGUGUCCAAACCUUUGACUGGUACUGUAUAUAUUACCUCAAUUACCUCGACUAACUGGUGCCCCCGCACAUUGACUCUGUACCGGUACCCCACUGUAUAUAGCCCCCCUAGUGUUAUUUUACUGCUGCUCUUUAAUUAUAAACUUUGUUAUUUUAGUAAAAAAAAGUUGUACUUAUCUAUUUUUUACUUAACACUUAUUUUUCUUAAAACUGCAUUGUUGGUUAAGGGCUUGUAAGUAAGCAUUUCACUGUAAGGUCUACACCUGUUGUAUUCGGUGCAUGUGACAAAUAACAUUUUAUUUUAUUUUAUUAGAAUACUUUAAUGGUGAAACUGCCACGUCCGUUUGUGGUAUAACAACUACAAAGAAAGUUACUUCAAACAACCAACGCUGUGUUUUCCCCCCCUCAGACAUCAUUGCAUCAUGGGACAUGUUUUUCUUUCACCACGUUGCACGACGCUCCUCACCUCCUCACCUCCUCACGCUCCUCACCCCCUCCUCACCUCCUCACCUCCUCACCUCCUCACCUCCUCACGCUCCUCACCUCCUCACCUCCUCACGCUCCUCACCUCCUCACCUCCUCACCUCCUCACGCUCCUCACCUCCUCACGCUCCUCACCUCCUCACCUCCUCACCUCCUCACGCUCCUCACCUCCUCACCUCCUCACGCUCCUCACCUCCUCACCUCCUCACGCUCCUCACCUCCUCACCUCCUCACGCUCCUCACCUCCUCACCUCCUCACGCUCCUCACCUCCUCACCUCCUCACCUCCUCACGCUCCUCACCUCCUCACCUCCUCACCUCCUCACGCUCCUCACCUCCUCACCUCCUCACACUCCUCACCUCCUCACCUCCUCACCUCCUCACCUCCGCUUGGUCAACAAAACAAUAACAAAAACAACCACAGUGGCGCAGCGUCCAUCUUUAAUCGAUCUGAAAUGUUCUCCUCAUUCCUCAGAUCAAUAUUCCCUUUUCUGUGUGAGCAAUGGCCAGGUCGGAGACUAUUCCUCUGGAGGAGGAGAUGGUGAGCAUCCUGGACCAAUGCGGGCCAGCUCUGACAUAUGUCCUGCAAAGCAAGUUCGGAUGUACUGCUGUGCUCCAUGGUGUUGAUGCCGGUGCAGGUGCAAGGAAGUUCAAGAUGCCAGGUGAGGAAAGGUUUUCUGCCCAGCUGUCAAAGGGCCUCAAAGUAUCAGUAUGGAAAGAUGACUUUACCACUCAUAAAGCAGAUGCUGUGGUCAAUUCUGCCAAUGUGAAUCUCCACCAUGCGGGAGGUCUCGCCAGGGCGCUGUGUGAUGCCGGCCGGCCGGAUAUCCAGCGAGAGAGUGACCAGUACACAAAGCUUUUACCAUCGUUGCCGAACCUGGACGCUUACCGUGCAAGAAGAUCAUUCAUGCUGUGGGUCCAUGCUUUCCAUACAAACCAAUGCAAUAUCAUAUUGAUGAUGCUGUGCCAGAACUCACAAAGACUGCAAUGAGCAUUCUAAAGAUGGUUAAAUCAAGAGAAGCUGCAGUCUGUGGCCAUCAGUUCUGGCCUGUUCAACUUUCCCUUGCCUCUCUGUGCAGACGUCAUUGUUAAAACACUGAGAGUUGUUAAAACAAGGAUACCAUGAUCGGGAUUAUUAGUAUUUCUUAAAGUAUUUCUUACAGUAUUUCCUACAGUAUUUCUUACAGUAUUUCUUACAGUAUUUCUUACAGUAUUUCUUACAGUGUUUCUUAGUGUUUCUUACAGUAUUUAGAAUUCAAUUAUUCUUCUAUGUCUCAUCUUUAAGGAUUUAAGCAUGCAACGGUCCAUUCCGACUCCAGAGAUGCAAGGAAAAGUAUUCAACCGUUUAUCAAGCUCUGCAGUGCCUAUCAUGAGACAUUGAGGGAGGCCAGACGCUGGUAUUUUGAUGUUUUGAACCCUGCCUCGAAGAACAUAAUCACCAUUCACAACAAUUUCAUCCAGCACUUUGGCCAGAGGGAGUUUGAAGAGCUUCUUUCUCUUCAGACCAAGAGGGAAGUUUCCAUCGAGGAGAACUUUAAAGAUGGCCGCUUUGGAGUGACCAUCAAGGGGGCUUCUAGAUGGUUAAAAGCUGCUGUGUUAGAGGUGGAAGCCCUGUGCUGCAAAGUCCAAGAGGAUUUUGCAAAAGAAGAGUUGAGUUUCAUGGGCACGCAAUCUCCCACCAGUUCCCCAAGGAAGCCUGUAGAUGACAACAGUUCUGACUAUAAAGAAAGACAACAACAUUUUCCCGGGCUUCAAAUUGUCAGGGUGAGUGUCACAAGAAACAACAAAUAACAUUAAAGGUGCAAUCUGUGAUAUUUACUGCCUGAUAAUUCAUCAAAUAUGUCCAUGGCUGAUGCGUUACAGGUUGAGAAGGUGGAGAACAAAGCUCUGAAGCAGGUCUUUGACCUCAUGAAGAGGCAGUUGCAGGUGUCUAGCUCUUCUCAGCGAAUGUACCAGCGCUUGCCUGCGCAAUUCUGUGACCUGCUCAGCAGAGUGGGCUUUCAGAUGGAGUUUGCACCACCUGACGGUAAGAGUGUUUCAGAUGGAGUUUGCACCACCUGACGGUAAGAGAGAUUCAGAUGGAGUUUGCACCACCUGAUGGUAAGAGAGAUUCAGAUGGAGUUUGCACCACCUGACGGUAAGAGAGAUUCAGAUGGAGUUUGCACCACCUGACGGUAAGAGAGAUUCAGAUGGAGUUUGCACCACCUGACGGUAAGAGAGAUUCAGAUGGAGUUUGCACCACCUGACGGUAAGAGAGAUUCAGAUGGAGUUUACACCACCUGACGGUAAGAGAGAUUCAGAUGGAGUUUGCACCACCUGACGGUAAGAGAGAUUCAGAUGGAGUUUACACCACCUGAUGGUAAGAGAGAUUCAGAUGGAGUUUACACCACCUGACGGUAAGAGAGAUUCAGAUGGAGUUUGCACCACCUGAUGGUAAGAGAGAUUCAGAUGGAGUUUGCACCACCUGAUGGUAAGAGAGAUUCAGAGUUUGCACCAGUGGUGGAAAAAGUGCCCAAUUUUCAUACUUGAGUAAAAGUAAAGAUACUUAAUAAAAAAUGACUCAAGUAAAAGUCAGUCACCCAGUAAAAUACUACUUGAGUUAAUGUCUAAAAGUAUUUGGUUUUAAUUAUACUUAAGUAUCAAAAGUAAAUGUAAAAGUACAAAUCAUUUCAAAUUCCUUAUAAUAAGCAAACCAGAUGGCGCCACUUUCUUGUUUUUGUUAUUUACGGAAAGCCAGGGGCACACUCCAACGCUCAAACAUAAUUUACAAAUGAAGCAUGUGUGUUUAGUGAGUCCGCCAGAUCAGAGGCAAUAAGGAUGACCAGGGAUGUUCUAUUGAUAAGUGCCUGACUUGGACCCUUUUCCUGUCCUGCUAAGCAUUCAAAAUGUACCGAGUACUUUUGGGUGUCAGGAAAAAUGUAUGGAGUAAAACGUACAUUAUUGUCUUUAGAAAUGUAGUGAAGGAUAUUGUCACGGAUUCAGCCGAGGCUGCUCCUCCUCCUUGCUCGGGCAGGCUUCGGCGUACGUCGUCGCCUUGAGUACUAGCUGCUACCGAUCUAUGUUUCUGUGUUCUACUUGUCUUGUCUUUAUUGUUCACACCUGGUUCCCAUUAUGUAUUGAUUACUUCCCUAUUUAACCCUCUGGCUCCCACUGAAUUUUGUGCGUGUUUGUUCUUGUUUGGUUGUCGUCUGGUGAGCGGGUUUGUUUCCUCCCUGCGUGGAGGUUAUGUUAUUUACGUUACCUAUUAGUAAAGUACGUUUUCGAUUAGCUCUGUGUCCUGCGCCUGACUUCGUCCUACCGCAUCACACUGACACCCUGACAGAAACACGCACCUUAAAUGGAGUCAGCAGGUACAUUCAUUUGGUCCGGAUCAAUGGAGGAACGUGUCCAACAGCAGGCGACCAUGAUCCAGACUCUCGGCACCGCAAUAGAGCGUGUGUUGAACACUAUGAAGCGAUGGGAGAGAGAUGGUUAUCCUACACCUCCUCCAACUACACAACCACCCACACCGCUGUCCACCCCUUCGUCACCUGGGUCCAGUGGGAUUCGGCUCUCGCUCCCGAGGGCAUACGAUGGUACAGCUGCCGGGUGCCAGGGUUUUCUGCUCCAGGUUGAGCUCUACCUGGCUACCAUCCACAUGGCUCUCUCCGGAUACGAGAGCGUGUCCGCCCUCAUCUCCUGUCUGUCGGGAAGAGCGCUCGAGUGGGCCAACGCAGACUGGGGAGGAAUAGACGCAGCGUCAGUACGCUAUGAAGAUUUCACCCGCCGCUUUCGGGCGGUAUUCAAUCAUCCACCGGAGGGGAGAGCGGGGGAACGUCUAUUCCACCUCAGACAGGGGAAGAGGAGCGCACAGGACUUUGCACUGGACUUCAGGACUUUGGCUGCCAGCGGAGGAUGGAAUGAGAAGGCCCUGAUCGACCACUACCGAUGCAGCCUACGGGAGGACGUUCGUUGGGAACUGGCCUGCAGGGACACCACCCUUAACCUGGACCAACUGGUGGACAUGUCGAUAAGGCUGGAUAACCUGUUGGCAACCCGCAGAUGUCUGGAUCAGGGGCCGUCCAUUCCAUCCCCCAGCACCUCCGACCCUACCCCUAUGGAGCUCGGAGGUGCUGCGCUUAGGGAGACUGGAAGAAGGGCCAUCUCCUGCACCAACUGUGGCCGCGGAGGACACACUGCUGGUCGGUGCUGGGGAGGGUCUUUAAGGAGUCGAGGCAGUAGCCAGAGCACUGGUGGACCGUCUCAGGUGAGUAGGCCCCCGACUCACCCAGAGCUCCCUGUUGCGCAUAUGUGUAUUGAUAUUGUAUUUCCAGAGUUUUCCCCUCAUUCCCAGCAUAAGGCGCUCGUAGAUUCAGGCGCAGCUGGGAACUUUAUUGAUCGUCAGUUUUCCCAUAGUUGCGGAUUCCUAUUGUUCCUGUUGAUGUGCCCUUCCCUGUACAUGCCUUAGAUAGUCGCCCUUUAGGGUCAGGCCUGAUUAGGGCGGUCACAGCUCCACUCUGGAUGAAGAGGCAGGAGGGUCAUGAGGAGAAAAUUAGUCUCUAUCUGAUUGAUUCUCCUGCGUUCCAGUGGUGUUGGGGCUUCCCUGGUUAACUUCUCAUGACCCCACGAUUUCAUGGCAACAGAGGGCUCUCAAGGGAUGGUCAAGUCAGUGCUCGGGGAGGUGUGUAGGUAUUUCCAUAGGUGCAACUACGGUGGAAAGUCCAAACCAUGUCUCCACCAUGCACAUUCCCCCCGAAUAUGCCGAUUUGUCUCUCGUCUUCUGUAAAAAGAAGGCGACUCAAUUACCACCCCAUCGACAGGGGGAUUGUGCGAUAAAUCUCCAGGUAGGUGCUGCACUUCCCCGGAGUCAUGUGUAUCCCCUGUCACAGGAAGAGACAGCGGCUAUGGAGACAUAUGUCUCCGAAUCUCUGGGGCAGGGAUACAUUCGGCCAUCCACUUCAUCUGUCUCCUCAAAUUUCUUUUUUGUGAAGAAGAAGGAUGGAGGUUUACGCCCGUGCAUUGACUACGGGGGUCUCAAUCAGAUCACUGUCAAGUACAGUUAUCCACUACCGCUCAUUGCUAGUAUGACGGAGUCAUUGCACGGGGCGCGCUUCUUCGCAAAAUUGGAUCUCAGGAGCGCGUACAACCUGGUGCAUAUCAGGAGGGAGAUGAGUGGAAGACGGCAUUUAGUACCACAUCUGGGCACUAUGAGUACCUCGUCAAGCCGUAUGGGUUGAUGAACGCUCCAUCAGUCUUCCAAUCCUUUGUAGAUGAGAUUUUCAGGGACCUGCAUGGACAGGGUGUAGUGGUGUAUAUAGAUGAUAUUCUCAUAUACUCCGCUACACGAGCCGAGCAUGUGUCCCUGGUGCGCAAGGUGCUUGGUCGACUAUUGGAACAUGACCUGUACGUCAAGGCGGAGAAAUGUCUGUUCUUUCAAAAGUCUGUCUCCUUCCUAGGGCACCGCCUGUCUGCAUCAGGGGUGGAGAUGGAGAUUGACCGCAUUUCGGCCGUGCGUAAUUGGCCGACUCCAACCACGGUUAAGGAGGUGCAGCGAUUUUUAGGGUUUGCCAACUACUACCGGAGGUUUAUCCGGGGCUUUGGUCAGGUAGCGGCUCCCAUUACCUCCUUGCUGAAGGGCAGACCGGUGCGCCUGCAGUGGUCAGCCGAGGCGGACAGGGCGUUUGGUCACCUGAAGGAACUGUUUACCUCGGCUCCGGUGCUGGCUCAUCCGGAUCCCUCCUUAGCAUUCACAGUAGAGGUGGACGCGUCCGAGGCUGGGAUAGGAGCUCUACUGUGUCAGCGCUCGGGUACGCCACCAAAACUCUGCCCCUGUGCUUUCUUUUCGAAGAAGCUCAGCCCGGCGGAGCGCAACUAUGAUGUGGGGGACCGGGAGCUGUUAGCUGUGGUUAAAGCUCUGAAAGUGUGGAGGCAUUGGCUUGAGGGGGCUAAACACCCUUUUCUCAUUUUGACUGACCACCGCAAUCUGGCGUACAUCCGGGCGGCGAGGAGAUUGAACCCUCGCCAGGCAAGGUGGGCCAUGUUUUUCACUCGUUUUGUGUUCACACUUUCUUACAGACCAGGUUCCCAGAACGCUAAGGCAGACGCCCUGUCCCGACUGUAUGACACAGAGGAGAGGUCCAUUGAGCCCACUCCCAUACUUCCGGCGUCAUGUCUGGUGGCACCGGUGGUGUGGGAGCUUGACGUGGACGUCGAGCGGGCGUUACGUACAGAGCCCAGUCCCCCCCCCCCCCAGUGUCCAGAGGGUUGUAUGUACGUGCCGUUAGAGGUCCGCGAUCGAUUGAUCUAUUGGGCUCACACGUCACCCUCCUCUGGUCAUCCUGGCAUCGGUCGGACAGUGCACUGUCUUAGUGGGAAAUACUGGUGGCCCACUUUAGCCAAGGACGUGAGGGUUUAUGUUUCCUCCUGCUCGGUGUGCGCCCAGUGUAAGGCAGCUAGACACCUGCCCAGAGGGAAAUUACAACCCCUACCCCGUUCCACAAUCCUAUCGGUGGAUUUCGAUACGGACCUUCCACCGUCACAAGGGAACACCACGAUCCUGGUCGUUGUGGAUCGGUUUUCUAUGUCUUGCCGUCUCAUUCCUAUGCCCGGUCUCCCUACGGCCCUACAGACUGCGGAGGCCCUAUUUACACACGUCUUCCGGCACUACGGGGUACCUGAGGAUAUUGUAUCUGAUCGGGGUCCCCAGUUCACCUCAAGGGUCUGGAGGGCGUUCAUGGAACGUCUGGGGAUCUCGGUCAGCCUGACCUCAGGUUUUCACCCCGAGAGUAAUGGGCAGGUGGAAAGAGUAAACCAGGAUGUGGGUAGGUUUCUGCGGUCCUAUUGCCAGGACCGGCCGGGGGAGUGGUCGGUUUUCAUCCCCUGGGCAGAGAUGGCCCAAAACUCACUCCGCCACUCCUCCACUAACCUGUCUCCGUUUCAGUGUGUAUUAGGUUAUCAGCCGGUCCUGGCACCAUGGUAUCAGAGCCAGAUCGAGGCACCUGCGGUGGAUGAAUGGUUUCGGCGCUCGGAGACCUGGAACGCUGCCCAUGUACGCUUGCAACGGGCCAUCAGGCGACAAAAGGCGAGCGCCAACCGCCACCGCAGUGAGGCCCCGGUGUAUGCACCGGGGGACCGGGUCUGGCUCUCGACCCGAAACCUGCCCCUUCACCUGCCCUGCCGGAAGCUGGGUCGGCGGUUUGUGGGGCCAUUUAAAGUCCUGAGGAGAUUGAACAUGGUUUGUUAUAGGUUACAGCUUCCUCCUGAGUAUCGUAUUAACCCCUCGUUCCAUGUGUCUCUCCUCAGGCCGGUGGUAGCUGGUCCACUCCAGGAGUCUGAGGUACGGGAGGUUCCUCCGCCCCCACUGGACAUCGAGGGGGCACCGGCGUACUCGGUCCGUUCCAUCCUGGAUUCGAGGCGUCGGGUGGGGGGCCUGCAGUAUCUCGUGGAGUGGGAGGGGUACGGUCCGGAGGAACGGUGCUGGGUCCCUAGGAGGGACAUCCUCGAUCCCUCCAUGUUGAGGGAUUUCCACCGUCGUCAUCCGACUCGCCCUGCGCCGCAUCCUCCUGGCCGUCCCCGAGGCCGGUGUCGGCGCAUGGCUGGACCGUGCGUCGGCGGGGGGGGGGGGGGGGGGGGUGGGGGGGGGGGGGGGGGUACUGUCACGGAUUCAGCCGAGGCUGCUCCUCCUCCUUGCUCGGGCAGGCUUCGGCGUUCGUCGUCGCCGGAGUACUAGCUGCUACCGAUCUAUGUUUCUGUGUUCUACUUGUCUUGUCUUUAUUGUUCACACCUGGUUCCCAUUAUGUAUUGAUUACUUCCCUAUUUAACCGUCUGGCUCCCACUGUAUUUUGUGCAUGUUUGUUCUUGUUUGGUUGUCGUCUGGUGAGCGGGUUUGAUUCCUCCCUGCGUGGAGGUUAUGUUAUUUACGUUACCUACGAGUAAAUUACGUUUUCGAUUAGCUCUGUGUUCUGCGCCUGACUUCGUCCUACCGAAUAACACUGACACCCUGACAGAUAUUUAUGGCUGAUUUAAGAUGAUGACCUCAACCAUGUUACUUUAAUGGCACUUUAGUUGUUUUAUUAUUUAAAAACUUUGAGAUGGGAAAACAUGUUUUUUAUGAAGUUGAGCAUGUGCUUUUUAUGACAGAAUGUUAAAAUUAGUUGAAAUUAAUGGUUACGCUAGCCAACAUUUACUCUAUCCGUGGAACUACCGAAAUCACAAUAUGCAGGUUGGCAACUUUCACAAGUCGUUUUCAAUCAAAGCACAUACCUAUUCCUGGUGUGUAGCUAAAAUAACACACAACCAUCACAAAACGGUUUUAUGUUGCAAUGGAGUCCACUUUCUCUUACAUUGUAUUACAAUAGUGCAAUAAUAUGUUUCAUCCACAGAGCCAAAGCUUGGAGAGGGGAUCUACUUCAGUGGCAGCGUGCAUGGGGCAGAGAGACUGUGGAAGGGCUCACCUGACGAGGAGUACCUGUACUUCAUUGAGGCACAGGUGCUGACUGGCAAGUCAACUGUUGGCUGUCCUGGUCUCAUUGUGCCACCUCCCUUUUCCAGAGACCCACUAACCCUGUAUCAUAGUGUGAAAGGAGGCAAAGACACCUGGGUCAUCUUCAAUGGUCACCAGGCUCUACCUGAAUAUCUGAUCACCUGCAAAAAGCCUACAUACGUAAAACCUCACGGUAAGAGGGAGAGACUGAUUCUAUAUGACAUUCUAUAGAAUACCCUAUUAGAAUAUAGAAAUAUAUUUAUUUCAUAAACACAAUGUUUUGUGUCCCAUGUUCACACAGCAUUGUUCAACUGGGGCAUCGCUAACAAGCCACAAAAGAAUGAGGACUUUGUCAUCGAGGACCGGCAAGUGGAUCCGGCUGUCUUCCACAUUUUUUCCAGAGUGGGUCAAGUAAAUCGUCUGAUCAAGGACCUGACCCUAAAAGAUCCAGACAGGAAUAUUAAAGUGACCAGCAACAUGGUGGAUUGGCAGUAUCAGCAGCAGCCAGGGAGGCAGUUCCAGAGCUUCCACGGCAGCCAGGGGGGCAGUACCAGAGCUUCCACGGAAGCCAGGGGGGCAGUACCUGAGCUUCCACGGCAGCCAGGGGGGCAGUACCAGAGCUUCCACGGCAGCCAGGGGGGCAGUACCAGAGCUUCCACGGCAGCCAGGGGGGCAGUACCAGAGCUUCCACGGCAGCCAGGGGGGCAGUACCAGAGCUUCCACGGCAGCCAGGGGGGCAGUACCAGAGCUUCCACGGCAGCCAGGGGGGCAGUACCAGAGCUUCCACGGAAGCCAGGGGGGCAGUACCAGAGCUUCCACGCAGCCAGGGGGCAGUACCAGAGCUUCCACGGCAGCCAGGGGGGCAGUACCAGAGCUUCCAUGGCAGCCAGGGGGGCAGUCCCAGAGCUUCCGCCACAUCCUUAACAUCCAUCUGCAGCAGGCGCUGGAGAGGAAGCAGCCCCGUGUGGAGGUCUCUGUCCGGGGGCAAAUGCACAAGGUCAUCCUGCCUGACGGGGCUGCUUCCAACACCUGUGGAAACAGACUAAAAAGCAGAUGCAUCGACCAGUUAGCAGGUACUCAAAACAGAGUUAAUUUGUUAUUUUAACCUUAAUUAACAAGGGGAUAAGCAGAGUUCAAGUUCAACAUGUCCAUUAGCCGGAAGUCUGUUAGCAACUAGGGAGUUUUCCCUAGCCACCGUGCUUCUACAUCUGCAUUGCUUGCUGUUUGGGGUUUUAGGCUGGGUUUCUGUAUAGCACUUUGUGACAUCUGCUGAUGUAAAAAGGGCGUUAUAAAUAAAAUGUGUUUGAUUGAUUGCUUGACUAUCAUAUCCUGUAUACAGCUACACAUGCCCAGCUAGUGUUAGCAUGAUGGCUAAGUGUGACGUGGUUUCUUAUGGGGAAAUGCUAACUGUUCACCAUCUUAGUGAUAACCGUGUUUGCUCUAGGUCAACCCAUUGAGAGUCUCCCUCAGCAUUGGGACGCCGUGCCAGCCAACACCUCCUGCCUGUCCUGCCUCAUCCAGACAGGAAGCCCAGAGCACAAUGAAGUCUUAAACCUGUUCCGAGCCACCUGCCCCAACAACGUUAUAAAGGUAGGCUACCUGUUUUCCAAAAGAUACUUCCCAUUGUAGUUAUUUUUAUGUCUUCGGAUGUUCUGGACGUUCUCUGCAUGGGUGUGUGUCUAAUGGGCUGAUUAGUUUAGACUCAGCUGUUGGUCUCUAGGUUUCUGACUAGGUUCCUGCCUUUCUGGGGAGUUUUUUUUCCUAGCCAGCGUGCUUCUACAUCUGCAUUGCUUACUGUUUGGGUUUUCAGGCUGGGUUUCUGUAUAAGCACUUUGUGACACCUGCUGAUGUAAAAAAAAGGGCUUUAUAAAUACAUUUGAUUUGAAUUUGAUUUGAGAUCAGCCAUUUUAAAUGGUUUGUUUAUUAGAGGCUUUGUGUGUUAGUUUUAGAUAAGAUGACCCCUAGCUGACCCCUAGUUGACCCCUAGCUGAGCUGCGGUGCCUUGAAAUAAUGAUGAGGCACCGCAGCUCAGCUAGGUGUCAGCUAGGGGUCAGCUAGCCAGAUAUUUGUUUGUCUGGAUCUUUUUCAGCUCACAAUAAUAAUCUAAGAUGUAUGAAAGGUAUUCAGGAUACAUUUUAGAUUCUAUUAAUUACUCCUAUAAAGUAUUUUCCCUCAAUUUAUUUCAGUUUGAGAGGAUCCAGAACCCAUAGUGUGAAAAGAGUACUUCGAUUAGUGUCGGUCUAGCCCGUUAGUGUGUGUGUGUGUGUGUGUGUUCUCAGAUUGAGAGGAUCCAGAACCCCACCCUGUGGAGGACUCUCCAGAUCAAGAAGCUGGACAUGGAGCUCAGGAACGGUCACCAGAAGAAUGAGAAGAGGCUCUUCCAUGGAACAUGCCACACAACCAUCGAUCACAUUAACAACCAUGGCUUCAAUCGGAGCUACGCUGGGAAAAACGGUAAGAUAGAUACGUAUGUUCCAUGGACAAGUCGCCUGGUCCCAGAUUUUUUUUACUGUCCUGCCAACUCCUAUGGUUAUUGGUAAAAAGUUAUAUGUAAUAUUCUGUUUUUCUUGAUUUUAAGAAAUCGUAUACUUAGCCUGUGCUUGACAUUUACUCAGUCUUGUCUCUGCAAUAGUCUAAAACCUAAGCAAUGUAUAAUUUUUGUUCAGCUGCAGCAUAUGGAAAUGGAACAUACUUUGCUGUUGGUGCCAGCUACUCAGCCAGUAACACAUACUCAAGACCGGAUCCCAAAGGGCAGAAGUAUAUGUACCUAUGUCGGGUUCUGACUGGAGAUUUCACAGCAGGACGACAUGGGAUGAAAGUGCCUCCAACUAAAAGCACUACAACUGUUGAACUCUACAACAGCGUGACAGACAACCUAUUAGGGCCAUCUAUGUUUGUCAUUUUCCAUGACAAUCAGGCAUAUCCUGAGUACUUGAUCACUUUCUUCUAG